AUGGACUCAACUGAUAAGCAAAACAUUAUCGAUAUUAUUAAUAAGGCUUUAGCCGUUAACCCUGGUCGUACUAUAGACGACGUCCAUAAUAUCAUGGACAAAAUAGGUCUACAAAUAACACAAAUUUGCCAUUACAUUGUUUACUUGGGUGCGAAUACUAAUGUUGGCUUCGAGCGCAGCCCAAAGCCGAUGCCGGUAAAAGACAUGAUUGACCCCAAUCAUUUUUUGGUGGACCCGGAAUUUCGUUCCGCGUGCCUGAAGAGAUGGGGAUUAGAUAGCCAAACGGCUACUACCAGUAUUACUUCUGGAGAGGUUCCAGCAUUGACUGGUAAAGAAUUUGGUGUUGCUGAUCUUGAAGAGGAUCAUCAUGAUCAACGACAGGAUGUUAUUGAUCUUGUUGAUUCUGAUAGGGAAGGUAGUACAGAAUCAAUGAUUAUCAUUGAGGAUAACGAAGAGACAGCGGUGGAUGUAGAGGAUGUGAUAGAUGCUGUUUUGGUGGAAGGAAGACGAGGAAUGACCAGACGAUUGGAAAAAAAUAACUAUGUCGGCGGUUUGACAAUAUUAUCGAAUAGGGCCAACGAGUUGGACCAACUCACUCACCGUAUUGGUACGGGUGAAGCAUUUGACCAAUUGUUAGAGUCAACAACCUUGAACGAAUUUACUUUGGACUUGCGUGAAAUGAAAAGAACAAUUAGUACCAGGUCUCAAUUAGGGUAUUCUUUUAAAAACAUUACCUGUCUGUAUCAUUACUUGCUAAUUACGGAAUACCAUGUAUUCAAGGGAUUCGAUGAAUGGGAGUGCAUGGAGAUCAUAGUGCUUAAUGAUGCUGAUCCAGUAGGUUUUAUGGAUUGUAGAACGCGUGGUGAGCAUGUGUUUCGUGUCUUUCAGUUGUUGGGAAUGGCAGGUAUUUUGGCUGUAGAAGUAAUGACGGCCAAAGCAUACUCCAGAUACCACCGAAGUUUUGAAGAACAAUUGGAGAUGUUGAUGAAACAUCUGUUGGCGGUUCUCAUGCGUUGGUUAAGUCUUCCUGUGGUUAGGUGGAUCUACCGAAAUAUCCAACAAAAACUUGUUGUUUUAAACCAAAUACUUUCGGAGAUAGAUGUUGUGGGUAACAUCAAUGGGAAGAUAAUUUUGCAGACCUGUAGUUUGAUUUAA